UUAAAGCGUCCAACGGACGUAUUUCUUGUUUAUUAUUAUACAUAACUAUUUUAUUAAUUAAGCUUAAAAAUAAUAUUUCAUAUCUCAUAAGUAAAUGAAGAAAUAAUUGUUAAUCUGUGGAUUUCAAAAAAAGAACAUAAUUCAGUAACCGCGUUCCUCGUAUUGCACAUAGAUAAAUCCAUAGACAUAGUAUUAUCUAAGCAUGAAUCGCUGUUAUUAUGCUUAAUCUAUGAAAUAAAUAGAACAAUAAUUUAUUAAUCUGUGGAUUAAAUUAAAAUCAAUUGCCGCGCUUUUUUAGAUUUGUUUUUUUUUAAUAAAUGUUUAUUUUUCGAUUUCAAAGGUAGAAUGCUGUAUCAAAUUAAGAUAAUUUUAUUGUUUGUAAUUUAUUAUGGCUGUGCUUUGGAAGAAGGCAGUUUUUGUACAGAUGAAAACGACAACUGGCCCGGUGUAUGUAAACGCUUCACGGAAUGCUUCAAGUCGGCGGACGAGUUCAAACGUAAUCCGCAUAGAACUACAUGUGGCUUCAAAGGAGACGAGAUCAUAGUUUGUUGUGUAAACGCAACGAAGCCGAAUGUUAACAAAACCUCGUCUCUAUUAAACACGACUGUUGGCCUCGACCCGGAUAACUGUCCUGGCAACGUCUGGAUACCUGACAAGCCCAUGCCUCAAAAAACUGGAAGCAAAGCCUGGGACAAAUGUCUGGAAUACCAGGAGAGACUAGUUUUUCCUUGCGUCAAGAUUGAUAACAGAUGGAUACGAGGUAACCAAUGCUAUUAUGGAAGAUACAGGAAACGCGAGGAGAGCCUCGUGAUAUCAGCCGGCGGGGAGGACGCCGACCUUCUAGAAUAUCCCAGCACGGUUCUACUCGGGUACGGUGAAGACCCAGAGACGCGUCAGUGGCUCUGCGGUGGCGUUGUGGUCAGCGAGCGAUUUAUACUCACAGCAGGACACUGUAUAUACGCGAAAACCGUGGGCCCGGUGACCCACGUGGCCGCUGGAGUACUGAAGCGCAGCGACCAGACCGGUGAUAAGACGCUGUACGCAGUCAAGAGGGUGAUAAAGCACCCAGACUACCGUCCCCCCAUCAAGUACAACGACAUCGCCCUGCUGGAGACUGAUCGACCAAUGCACCUGAGCAAAGCAUUACUACCGGCUUGUCUGCACAACGGAUUCCCUGUUCACGACGAGGAAGCCGUCGCGACCGGCUGGGGCGCUCUCGGACACACGAGGGAAUACGCUGACACAUUGCAAAAGGUGGACCUCAGAAAAUUCCAACACGAGGAGUGUUCGAAAAUAUAUCAAAAACAAAAACAUUUUAAAGAUGGAAUCGACAACAAAACGCAGAUUUGUUACGGAGACCACGUCAAAGUUAAGGAUACUUGCCAGGGCGACAGCGGCGGUCCACUGACGGUGGAGCACCCCAACAUCGGCUGCAUGCGCUGCGUGGUGGGCAUCACAUCGUUCGGCAGGCCCUGCGGCACGAUCGGCCUCCCCGGGGUGUAUACCAGGCUUGCACCCUACGUGACCUGGAUCGAGGGCGUCGUGUGGCCUUGAUUGUUGACAAAAAUAAAUAAAACUGCAAAUUUGUUUGUAAUUAUUUUUAUUUGUAAUAAACGUAACUUUUUAA